CAUAAACACAGAAAUUUGACAGAAAAUCAAAAUGGGUUCGGAGGGUAGCAAGAUCAGAGGAGAUACCGUAGCUGGAAAUUUAUUUAAUCCAGAAGAAAAUAUAGAAAUUCAAACCCUAUUUGACAAAAUCAGUGGUAAAUCUCAGCUGUGUCAACUGAAUAAUUUGCAGAGGUAUUUAUCAUCACUAUUACCAGAGGACAUCAUACAGAGGAUAUUCGUGUGUUGUGUUAAGCUCAGUAAAACCAAGCAGGAGGGUUUCACUGUAAAUGGACUUGCUGCAUUUUUAUCCAGUUUGUUCAAAGGAUCAUUAACUGACAAAAGCACAAUUUUAGUGUCACUGGCUUCAACUACAAGGGAAGUCAGCAGUCCAAGGAUGUCUGAGUUUGUGGCUCUUCUCAUCAAGUCAUAUGUCAAAAUCAACCAGAAAAGUGAACAGUUCAAAAGUUGGAAGUUUUCUUCACCUGAAAAAUGGGCCAAGAGUCUUUCUCUUUACCUAUUAACAGAUCUCUUUGAGAAAGGUCCCUCCACGCAAGAAGCCAGUGGCAAUCCACCAGAACGAUCAUUCACAGAAUGGGAGCUGGAAGCCUGGUUGUCCAGCUGCCCUUUGUUCUCACACAUACUAGAUCUGGUGUUUCAUUCAUGUUUUAGGAUAAGCCAGUCGGAAGAGUAUUCUGAGCGAUUCCUCACCCCCAUGAUUCCCACAGUGUCCAAUGUGAACUGGACCAAAGCACAAACUAUCCUGGAUGUUCCUGCAUUGAUAUUGUUAAGCUACAGCCUGCCCGGCGAGCUGCGGGGCAACUGGCGCCCUCUGUACAGUAACCACCAGUAUGGGGAUAGCUUUUCACAACUGCAGACUCGCAUCCUCAAACAGGGCCCCACGGUGAUAGUUGUACGGGACAAAGCUGGACAUGUGUUUGGAGGGUUUGCAUCUGUCAGCUGGAACAUCAGACCACAGUUUGUAGGAACAGCAUCCUGUUUCCUGUUCAGUCUUUCACCUCAGUUCAGUGUGUACAACGGGACUGGUUACAACGAACACUACAUGUACCUUAACCACGGCGUUAAGACCAUGCCAAAUGGACUGGGUAUGGGAGGCCAGCUAGACUAUUUUGGUCUGUGGAUUGAUCAGUCCUUCAGUGUGGGCCACAGUAAGGCUGGACCUCGAUGCACCACCUACGGUAGCCCUCAGCUAUCCAAGACUGCUGAUUUCCAGGUGGAUGUGAUUGAGGUGUGGGGAGUCGGGCCAGAGCCUAAAGAACAGGCUGAGGAUGAAGAAUGUGAAUCCAGUAUUUUGGAUAAAGACCCAGAGGCCAAGGCCAUGUUGAGUUUAAUUGACAGAGGACCACUGAGUGAAGGGUUGAGGGAAGGGGACGCCACUGCGGGUAGUCCAGAAGACCAUGAGUUACCCCCUCUUUGAAUAUUAAUAGGUUUUGUGAGAGAAUCAGAAACAUACUCCAAUUUUUCUUUACUUUUGUUGUUGCUUCUUGUCUGGAUAUGUCGGAAUGUUCUUCAAAACAGACCGAAAGCUUAUACUGAUACUAACUAUAUCUACAGGUGUUGCAACUAUGGCACAUUGGACAUGUAAUACAUGGGAUUGGAAUUUUGGAAAUUCAGUUAUGUCUACUGGUUGAGGAAUAAAUAUGAUAUCGUUCUGUUUUUACUUUGUAUGGGCAUAAUCAGCAGUAUUCUGGGAAUUUCUGAUGAAUACUGUAUUUCAUCUUGGUAAGUUUGAUAAUUAAAAAAAAGUACUUUCAGUAAACAUAAAGGACUUAAAAUGAACACUUUUGAUUGCAGUGCUUGAGUUUUUCAACUUCACAAAAAAAGUCUUUAGUGGCAUGAUAAGGUGAAUGACUCAGUGAGAAUCGAGCAAAAUGAGUCAUUCAGUGAGAAUCAAGCAAAAUGAGUCAUUCAGUGAGAAUCAAGCUAAAUGUGUCACUUGACAAAAACUUCAGGUCAAAUACCAUACUGAAGAACAGUUUUCCGUUUUCUGUAUGUUUCAGGUAGGUUUCUUUGUCUGUGAAUCUGUAUUGCCGGACUGUAGAGAUUGUAUGUGUUCACAUUUGGGGAUCAUUGUCAUUUUAUCGGAACAGUCAAAUGUGCACUUGAAAUCUUUGAUUAACCAUGAAGGUUUCAGCUUUAUUUUUAAUUAUAUUUCAUUGUAAUAACUGUUUUUACAUCAGUGACUUUCCACAAUCAGCAUUGCCAUGACACAUCUGAACUGUGAAAGUUAGUACAUGGAAGUCCUUUUUUGGGUUUUUGUUUUGUUCUGUUAUUAGCAAGAUUAGGGGUGUCUGUGUGGUGUGUUUUUGUGGAAUGGGCUGGAAUGGGGUGGGGUGUGAGAGGGUAAUAUACUGCCAACUGAUGUUAAUUUCAUGUUAUGAGUAUUUUCAAGUACUCAUUAGUUUAAGACACCUGGCAUGCCACUGUAAGGUGCAGGUGCUCAAAAAAUCACAAAUUUUGAGUUUAUAUAACUUGUUUAACUGAUAAUUAUUUUUGUUAAUACAUUUCAAAAUUCCAAAAGAGAUAGAAAAUGUUGACAGGCAUUUUGUGAUAGGGAAAUGAAAAUGAAAAACAAAUAAUUCUUGGAAGCAAAAAUGGUGAGUUACACUUUUAUGUCAUGUGGAUUUCAAACAGGGAUAUGAAUUUUUAUAUACUUAUCUGUUAUAUAAAGAAAUGUGUGCUUCAUUUGGUGACCACUGAGACUUUCAUAUAUAUGCCUUUCCAGUGAUAAAUAGAACUGCAUGCAUGACUACCUUUACAUUGGUUGUCAGCUGCUGUGAGUCAAAAUAUAAAUAAAACAAAAACAACACUGUGAGGGACAUAGUUUGUGAUUUCACCUUCAUACAAACAUAAAUAGCAGCAAAUUUGUCCGAAAAUACAGGCAUGAAUCAGAGCUCAGAAUUGAGAUGAACAAUACCAUCCCUUCUUCAAGGUGUCAGGUUUUGUCACAAAUUGUUUCAUAAUGAUUAAAUUUGAUUAUAUUAUUCAUUGUAUCCUAUUGCCAUCCCAGUAGAGACGUCGGUCUCAGUUGUCAUACAGUUGUGGCCCAGUACAGACAUCAGCUGUCAUACAGCUGUGACCCAGUACAGACAUCAGCUGUCAUACAGCUGUAGCCCAGUACAGACAUCAGUUGUCAUACAGUUGUGGCCCAGUACAGGCAUCAGUUUUCUUACAGUUGUGGCCCAGUACAGGCAUCAAUUGGCAUAGAGCUUUGGCCCAGUUCAAGCAUCAGUUGUCAUAGAGCUGUGGCCCGGUACAGGCAUCAGUUGUCAUAUAACUGUGGCCCAGUACAGGCAUCAGCUGUCAUACACCUGUAGCCAAGUACAGACAUAAGUUGUCAUACAGUUGUGGCCGAGUUUAGACAUCAGUUGUCAUACAGUUGUGGUCCAGUAGAGGCAUCAGUGGUGAUACAGUUGUUGCCCAGUACAGGCAUCAGUUGUCAUAUAACUGUGGCCCAGUACAGGCAUCAGCUGUCAUACACCUGUAGCCAAGUACAGACAUAAGUUGUCAUACAGUUGUGGCCGAGUUUAGACAUCAG